AUGUCUCCCCUGGUCAGCAGUGGUCCGUUCCACCUCCCCCCUGGUCAGCAGUGGUCCGUUCCACCUUCCCCCUGGUCAGCAGUGGUCCGUUCCACCUUCCCCCGGUCAGCAGUGGUCCGUUCCACCUUCCCCCGGGUCAGCAGUGGUCCGUUCCACCUUCCCCCGGUCAGCAGUGGUCCGUUCCACCUCCCCCCUGGUCAGCAGUGGUCCGUUCCACCUCCCCCCUGGUCAGCAGUGGUCCGUUCCACCUCCCCCCUGGUCAGCAGUGGUCCGUUCCACCUCCCCCCUGGUCAGCAGUGGUCCGUUCCACCUCCCCCCUGGUCAGCAGUGGUCCGUUCCACCUCCCCCCUGGUCAGCAGUGGUCCGUUCCACCUCCCCCCUGGUCAGCAGUGGUCCGUUCCACCUCCCCCCUGGUCAGCAGUGGUCCGUUCCACCUCCCCCCUGGUCAGCAGUGGUCCGUUCCACCUCCCCCCUGGUCAGCAGUGGUCCGUUCCACCUCCCCCCUGGUCAGCAGUGGUCCGUUCCACCUACCCCCUGGUCAGCAGUGGUCCGUUCCACCUCCCCCCUGGUCAGCAGUGGUCCGUUCCACCUUCCCCCGGUCAGCAGUGGUCCGUUCCACCUUCCCCCUGGUCAGCAGUGGUCCGUUCCACCUUCCCCCCCGGUCAGCAGUGGUCCGUUCCACCUUCCCCCCGGUCAGCAGUGGUCCGUUCCACCUUCCCCCGUUCAGCAGUUGGUCCGUUCCACCUUUCCCCCGUUCAGCAGUGGUCCGUUCAUCCUUCCCCCCGGUCAGCAGUGGUCCGUUCAUCCUUCCCCCCGGUCAGCAGUGGUCCGUUCCACCUCCCCCCGGUCAGCAGUGGUCCGUUCCACCUCCCCCCGGUCAGCAGUGGUCCGUUCCACCUCCCCCCGGUCAGCAGUGGUCCGUUCCACCUUCCCCCGGUCAGCAGUGGUCCGUUCCACCUUUCCCCCGUUCAGCAGUGGUCCGUUCCAUCUUUCCCCCCGGUCAGCAGUGGUCCGUUCCACCUUCCCCCCCGGUCAGCAGUGGUCCGUUCCACCUUCCCCCCCGGUCAGCAGUGGUCCGUUCCACCUUCCCCCCCGGUCAGCAGUGGUCCGUUCCACCUUCCCCCCCGGUCAGCAGUGGUCCGUUCCACCUUCCCCCCGGUCAGCAGUGGUCCGUUCCACCUUCCCCCCGGUCAGCAGUGGUCCGUUCCACCUUCCCCCCGUCCCAGUUCCUUUAAGCUGACCAACAGUCCCAGUCCCUUUAAGCUGACCAUCAGUCCCAGUCCCUUUAAACUGACCAUCAGUCCCAGUCCCUUUAAGCUGACCAUCAGUACCAGUCCCUUUAAGCUGACCAUCAGUACCAGUCCCUUUAAGCUGACCAACAGUACCAGUCCCUUUAAGCUGACCAACAGUACCAGUCCCUUUAAGCUGACCAACAGUACCAGUCCCUUAAGUCCCAGUCCCUUUAAGCUGACCAACAGUCCCAGUCCCUUUAAGCUGACCAACAGUCCCAGUCCCUUUAAGCUGACCAACAGUCCCACUCCCCUUGGUGACCAACAGUCCCACUCCCCUUGGUGA